GUCAGAGUAAUCAGCCCUCAAUGUCAUUUCCUGUCGAACAGUCUUGGGCUGAGUGCGCGACUGCUGCUGCUGUGUGAGAGUCCUCAGCUACAGUGCGAGAGCUCGAAACACUGAAGAACGACCUCAACAACUUUCAUCGUUACUGGAAAUUAGGAGAAUUUGAGAGGAAAACACUUUUCGUAGUCGUUUACAGCUGUUUGUUUUUCGUCUUCCUUUAGUGUAGUGAGAAACAACAGACUCUUUUUCCUACUUUACGAUGUUUUCUGUCAAGUUUUUGGACUCUGAAAGAGUUUGAAGACGAAGAUAAAUCAACGCUGGAGUUAGCUGGCGAGAUAAACAGAUGAGGAACAACGAGGGUCAACAUUCAUGUAAAUAAUAAAACAGCUCAAUACUUGAAGAGAGAGAUACAUGAAGAGAAAGAAAAGAUUUUUCCCCGCUACACGGGACACUUGAAAGUUUGUUUUGCGCUAACACUAAAAGAUGCUUCACUGAAACAACACUGGUACGGAGUGACCUUUGCAGGGUAAUUUCUAGUCACCUGGCUCCAGAACAGAUGUCCAAGGAGGACCACAGCCACAGCGCCAGCCCGCCCGAACCUCCAGAUGGAGCCCAACCGGACAGUCCGCCCCUGGAAAAACUCACCACGCCAUGCACAGGGAAUGAAACCGGUGAGCAGACAGCACAGAAUUCAAACACCCCACCCAUGGAAAAGACAGGAGACGUGGAGAAUGGCAACAACAACAACAGCUUGUCCCAACCGGACCUCACUAGCACUCCUGGCAAAAGCAUAACAUAUCAACCUCAGGCACGGUCUACGCCCAUACACCCCACCCUCUCCAACUCGACCGAAUCAGCGGCACUGCUGAGGAGAGACAGCAAGCCGCACAGCAACGGUGUCCGAAAUGGAACCUUUUCACGAGCCGCCUCGUCAACCUCCUCAUCUUCAUCCACAGCCCAUAAAACCCCCAAGAAGCUACAGUCGAACCCAUCCAUCAACAGUCAGAGAAGCAAAGGUAGCUCCAAAUCCAACAGCUCCCAGAUCCCCACAGAGGCCCAGGAUGAUUGCUGUGUCCACUGCAUCCUGGCCUGUCUGUUCUGCGAGUUCCUCACACUGUGCAACAUCGUGCUGGACUGCGCCACAUGCGGCUCCUGCGCAUCGGAUGACUCGUGUUUCUGCUGCUGCUGCGCUUCAGAGGAAUGCGGUGACUGCGACCUGCCCUGUGACAUGGACUGUGGCAUCAUCGACGCGUGCUGCGAGUCUGCAGACUGUCUGGAGAUCUGCAUGGAGUGCUGCGGGCUGUGUUUCUCCUCCUGAAACUCCUGUAGGGGGCGCUGCCUCUUUCACUGAUUUGGGACCUGAGAAGAAACACAGAAAGGAUGACAUCCGAUGAUCAGGAGUGGAUGCAAACCUAGUUGGAG